GUAAAACCACCAAUUGCAACAUGGUGUGUUGGACAAGCAUCGUCCAUGGGUUCAUUGCUUCUUACGGCGGGUGCCCCAGGCAUGCGUUAUUCUCUUCCAAACGCAAGAAUAAUGAUACAUCAACCAUCUGGGGGCGCGCAGACCCCACGGCCACCUACUAUAAUUCUCCAAUCGAUACAAUGACAAAUGUAUAUGUAUUAAAAUUUUAUUAGCUGCGGGUGGAAGAUAGUGCCAUUUGUUAACUCUUUAGCCGUUUCCAGUGCAAAGGCCUUAUAUUUUUGGACAUCAAUAUUAUACCCAGAAGACAAUGCAGGCAACAUUAUGGAACAUCCCUCAAUUAUAUCCUUAUCAAUCCCAAACAACAAAAACAUAUUCUAUGUCACUAGCACCAUAGAACUGACAAAAUUGGAGCGAAGUCACUUCAGUAUAUUGGGCAUAACAUAUACACAACUACUAAACAAUCCCACGGCAGCGGGUUCUACGACACCGGAUUGACCCGAAACAACAACACUCCAGUUUCGGCCAGCGGCUGCCAACCCAGUGUAUACAUGUUCGUGUUUGUUUAUUUUUCUGUUUUGGGAGCAGCACAUCCCGGAAUGCUUGCUCCGGAUUCUUUUGGUCCGUGCCGGGCUUGAGGAAAACCCCGGACCAUGGUUCUGUACGGUUUGCCAAAACACCAUCCACCAUAGAUCAGUCUCGGUGCGAUGUAAUAGAUGCUGAGGAUGGGUGCAUUUUAGAAAUUGUUCCGGUUUAACCCGGUCGUCGGAGUAUGGAACUCCCCCGCAGUCUCCAGAACAACAACCUUUACCGCAGCACUUAACGCCACAUGUUGCUGUUCCAAUUCCGGACAAUGCAUCGUUCUUGCAGUUCAAUUGCAACGGACUCCGAGGUAAAAUUGAUGAGAUAGUGGAUUUUAUGAAUCGGAGGAAUAUCAAGAUCGCAGCGGUGCAGGAAACCAAGCUCAAUGAAAAUUGUAGCUUACAACGUUGCAAUGGUUACAACGUAUUGAGGAAAGAUCGCACCAGAAGUGGAGGUGGGGGAUUAGCGUUCCUGAUACACCAUUCUGUUCAAUACAGACCUAUCUCGCUUGAGCUAGUCUCUAGUGACCCGUACAUGGAGUGUAUGGGGGUAGCAGUCAAGUGUGGUACUGCCGAAGUAGAGGUGAUUAAUGUGUAUAUCCCGCCGGUUAAUAGCUGUGAACCGCGUUACUUGCCUAAUAUAAGCCCACUUUUGGAAGGCAAUAACCGCCUGGUACUAGGGGACUUCAAUGUCCACCAUGAGUUGUGGCAUUCCGUCAGAGGGGAUCAGCGUUGGCAGAGCAGAUUGACUGCUCCACAUUUUGCACGGUAAACGAGGAUGCCCCCACCCGAAUAAGAGGAUAGUGUCACAGUUCGCCAGACUUAACCAUCGUGUCACCCGGUCUGAUAAAUGACGUGACUUGGCAACCCGUCAUUUCUCUUGGCUCAGACCAUCUCCCGAUAAUCGUCUCCAUCAGCAGAUCGCCCGAUUUCAUAACCUCUGAACGCCGCACUUUCCUUAACCAUGGGAAAGCCCACUGGCCCGAGUUCAGAGAGUUCACCAACCUUCGCUUCAGAGAACUGCCCAAUCCUUCUGAUGUUCGGGUAGCUGAAAGGAUUUUCCGGGACAUCAUCAAAGCUGCAGCCGCUCGCUAUAUACCUGCUGGUCGAAUACCCGAAGUAAGACCAAAUUUCCCAGCAGAGGCAGCGGGAUUAGCGAAUGAGCGUGAUGAGCUCCGACGUACCAACCCUACUGAUCCCAGAGUCAGUGAACUGACAGUGGAAGUCAACCGGUUGGUACAGGAGCAUAAGCGGAAAAAGUGGCUAGACCAUCUGAAGUGUUGCAACAUCGGAACCGAUUUGAGUAAACUGUGGGUAACGGUAAAGUCACUCUCGAACCCUGGGAAAAAGGAUGAUAGGACAGCAGUCACAUUUAACGACGUAACUGUGACUGAUCCGAAGAGGUGCGCUGGCUGUUUUAACCGCCAAUUUGUCGAGCACCCCGAGAGUGAUAGGGCGAGGCGAAGAGUACUACGUCGUAUAAAAGCUCUUCCCGCCGAGGAUGUACCUCCACAGUUUACGAUGGGUGAUGUUGCGAAUGUCAUCCGAAACGCUAAGUCAUCUAAAGCGUUGGGCCCGGACGGAAUAUCAAUGGUAAUGUUGAAGCAACUGGAUACGCCGGGAGUUGAGUAUUUAACCAAAGUCCUUAACUUGUCGUUAGCCACCCACAUAGUUCCCGAAGCCUGGAAAAUGGGCAGGGUGGUCCCGCUACUGAAGCCUGGCAAGGAUGCCAGCAAAGGCGAAUCAUACAGGCCAAUUUCGCUUUUGUCGCCAGUAGCAAAGACUCUCGAGGCCUUACUCCUCCCCAGUAUCAGAGGAAGCUAUUCAGUUGCUAACCAUCAACACGGUUUCCGUCCACUGCAUAGCACUACAACAGCAUUGCACUCCAUAUCCACACAUAUCAGUCGAGGACUCAACCAGAACAGGCCGUGCCACAGAACAGUAGUGGUGGCUCUCGACCUAUCAAAGGCCAUUGAUACGGUCAACCAUGCCACGCUGUUCGAGGACGUUGAGAACACUACCCUCCGGCCAAGUUUGAAACGUUGGAUAGUCAACUAUAUGUGUGGACGCCAGUCGUACGUGGAAUUCCGGAAUAAGAAGUCCAAGCCUCGUAGAGUGAAACAGGGAGUUCCCCAAGGUGGGGUGAUAUCUCCGGAACUGUUUAACCUCUACCUUUCCGGAAUUCCGCGCCCUCCAGACGGCAUCGAGAUCGUAACUUAUGCGGAUGAUUGUACGAUCAUGGCGUCGGGUCCUGUAGUUGAUGACAUAUGUGUCAGGGUGAAUAAUUAUCUCGCGGAGCUUGCCGCCUUCUUCCACGCGAGGAAUAUGAAAAUAUCCGCCACUAAAUCGACGGCCACACUAUUUACCACAUGGACUGCGGAGAUGAGAACACAGCUGAAUGUGCAGGUCGAGGGGCAUAUAAUUCCGACCAUCAACUACCCCAAAAUUCUUGGGGUCACAUUCGAUAGCAUGAUCAAGUCUUCCGCGCAAGCCACAGCUAUUUGCGAUAAAAUGAAAAGUAGGAACAAGGUCCUCAAGGCGCUAGCCGGCAGCACUUGGGGUGCGGAUAAGGAAACCUUGUUGACCUCUUAUAAAGCGAUAGGUCGGUCUGUGGUUAGCUAUGCGGCUCCAGUGUGGUCGGCGAAUACAAGUGCAACGCAGUGGAAAUGUAUUCAGACCUGCCAGAAUGCCGCCCUGAGAACUGCAAUAGGGUGCCUCCUCAUGACGCCUGUGGACCACUUACAUGAGGAGACGAAGGUUCUUCCCUUACGUCAGCAUAAUCAUAUGCUUUCGUUGCAGUACCUGCUUGGGUGUUAUCGCGGGAGUCACCCUAACCACCAUAUGGUGGAUAGAACUCCCCCACCCAGGCGUGUCAGGAAGGACCUGCACGAUCUAGAGAGAGAGGUCCAGCGAUAUAAGAGAGAGCCUCUAGAUCAUGAAGCCUAUCAAGCAGGUCUGAAUAGCAUUCAUACUGAUGCAGUCGCAGAGGUAGUCAAUAAUUACAGUAUGAAUGCCAUACUCGGAGUCCACCCCCCAUCCAUUGCAGCUGAAGAACGUCGGCUGCCUAGGCAAACCAGGGUAGUUUUGGCCCAACUACGUUCAGGAUGGUGCAGCCGUCUCAAUUCGUAUUGGGCACGAAUUGAUGAGGAUGUGCGGAACGCCUGCCCAGCGUGCGAUACAGGCCCGCACAACACGCUGCAUUUGUUUAAUUGUCCUGCCAAGCCUACCCAACUCCGUCCAGAGGAUUUAUGGCUACAGCCCAUAAAGGUAGCAGAAUUCCUAAACCUGGACAUUGAGGAAGAACCGGAUUAGUCGGAAAAAAGACAACAGAACGUGUAAAACUGCUACAACAACAACUACUACUAAACACACAAAUUACUGCACUAAAAAUAAGUCAAUACCUUGCUUUUCAAUAAUUAUGCCAAGAAUUGUCAUUUUAAAAUGUAUUUAAUUUUGUAAUACAGAUCUAUUUUUACUCUUAUUUUGUACUGAUCCCACCGAAAAAAGCAACUAACUACAUUGUCUAUUUUUUGAUGCUAUUUUCGAAGUGUCCAGUUAGAAUGAAACCAAGAUUAUUAUGUUUUCUAAAAAGCUUAACCUCUUAAGACUUCAUGUGUACACAUUUGACAAUAAAUAUCUGAUUUUCAUUUUUUGAAUUUUGGCCAAUGGCAGCGACCACUGUGCGGUGGUUAGAAAAUAAAUCAUAAAGUGAGCUUUUGUUGCAAUUUUUUCGACAAAGGAUUUAUAGCCUCUAAAAUGCCAAACAUGUGCAUUAAUAAUACAGUGGGCCAGCAACGCGGUCCGGGUCAGCUACUAUUUAAUAUAAGUUUAAGUAUAAAUAAAUAAUUGAUUAAUAUUUAAAAAAGGAUAUAAAACUGAUGUUAAAACACGGUUCUUAUAACUUUUUAGUUAUUUUAUUUAACCAAUUCAUGGAUAUAUAAUAUGCAUACAAAAACAGACAAUGCCUGUAAACAACAACUGAGUGCACGAUGUUAUUAAAAAAUAAAUAAAAAACGGUCCCGAGGCAGAAGCUUGCGGUACACGUCUUUGAAGUCAA